ACGGGCCUAAUGCCGGCCGUGGAGCCGCGGGGGCAGCUGGGGGCGGUGGGCCUUGCUGGGGAGCAGGAGAAGCCUGGAGUGACCCAUGAGGGGUGAAACGGAGAAGAAAGAGGGUUUUGCGUUAAUGUCCUCUUCUGCUCACCCCCUCGGGGAGGGCGUGGGGUAGUUUGGGUGUUUUCUGGUUGGUUGGGCCAGCUGAGGAGGGCAGAAGGCAGCAUUGGCGUAGUCCGAGCGGGAGAUGGAUGCUGUGGCUAGUAAAAGGCGGAGGACGCUUCGGAGGCCUCGGGAAGAGCGGGACGUGGCCCCAUGUGGCGUAACUGAGGUGGAAGCGUUGUGGUUUGCCGCCCUCUCUUCUUGUUUUUUCUUUCUGCUUAACCUUGGCGAGGGCGAAGGGGCUCCAGCGCUGAUGGGGCAGAGAGCAGGCGCUGUAAAUCUUGGAUCCUCCAUCCCCAGGGCAGGCAUGGCUGGGCGCCGAGGAUCUGUAUGAUGGUUCCCAGGCCACGCUGAUCUGCUCUGCCAGAAGAGAGAUGGGGAAAAGAUACUUCUGUGACUACUGUGACAGGUCUUUUCAGGACAACCUUCACAACAGGAAGAAACACCUCAAUGGAGUGCAGCAUCUCAGGGCUAAGAGAGUCUGGUAUGACUUAUUCCGAGAUGCUGCUGCUAUCCUGCAAGAGGAGCAAACCAAGAAACCUUGUCGGAAGUUUCUGCAAACAGGACAGUGUGAUUUUGGGUCCAACUGCAGAUUUUCGCACAUGACAGAGCAGGACCUGGAAAAGCUGAGUGCCCAGGUUCAAGGGGAGCAGAGAUCGAAGGAGCUGCGGCAGGAGGGAGCAGAUGUCCCGCCUGGCACCAUCGAGGACUGGCUGGAGAAGAGAGCAAAGAGACUGAGCGCGGCUCAGAGUAACAGUGCUCUGCCUGAGAAACCAGCGCCUUUCCAAUACCCACCGGGCUGGCCACCAGUGCAGGAUCUGCCCCCAUCCCUGCAGGCCCCCCCACCCGGAGGGUGGCCAGUCCCCCCCAAUCUGCAGUGGGGCUGAGGCACAGGGACCCCCGCAGAGGUUGUGCUGGAGAUGGACUUCUCCCUCGCGUGCUCUAAGAAAGGGACAGAAUUAUUUAUAUAUACUUUUAUAUCAAUAAAAGCCUUCCCCCCA